CUUGCUCACCUUUAGCUACUCAGCCAUCUCACUGCAUAUGCUAUUUCCACCGGUACCAAGACAGUGAUGAGAGCUUGCAUGUCAAGGAGUGCCGAGAGAAGGAUUGCGCCGAUCAGCACCAAUCCGACUGCAGGAGUCCCAAGAACCGGUCUGACAGCUACGUCGCCGUAUAUGCCGUGGGCUGAAGCAUGACGAUCGCCACGAUGAUCAGUAUCGAAUUCCUUCUUUGAUGCAGAGCAGCUUUCCAGAAACGGACGAUCGAAACAUCAUAAGUGCAAUCCUCAGUCUUAACGAGACGAGCUAGAUCUGAUGUUGCGAAGCCUAAAGGUUCCUAGGCUGUGGACCGCGUUUGGGGUCGAUCCUCGUAUGAUCCGAUGUCUUCCGUUCGUGUUCAAGUCGAAAUGUGAGCAAUUAAGGAUCUGCAGGUCCUCGUUGAACGAAUGGAACCAUUCGGAGACAGACGAUUUGGGCCCUCCGAGUACGAGUGCGAAGUUCAAUGCGCUGGCUGGGAAGCUUGGUCGGCGAGGAUUCUCAAAGAUGAUAUGCUCGGAGAAUAGUGAGGAGGCCCGAACGUGCAUCCUGCAAAGCCGCAAGCAACUAUGCCUGAAGUGCACUCAACAGUGGCGGCUGCAACCGCUGAUCGCGGCCUUGAGCGUAAUACGGCUCAUAUUUUCUUUACGAUGAUUAAGUUUGUGGCUUGUAUCGAUACAGUAGGCUGAUGGUCCGUCAUGGAGUUGGCGGUCCGGG